CGUCUUCUCCUUCUUCUCCUCUGAUACAAGGUCUCUGUAGAUACAUUGAUAUGGCUGGCCAUACAUUGAUGCCAGGAAUACAGAUCCAUCUACCUCCUCAUUCAAAAGUUUUGGUUCAUUUAGUAUACUUAUGCCAUAAUGCACAUUUUCAAGUUCUUCGAAAUCGAGAAACCCCCAUGCAACAUGGAGAAAAACAAGAAAAAGUAAAACUUUUUUAGUUUUCUCUUCCAUCCCGGAAGCUGAAUCAGUAAAUAAGAGAAUUGUGGGUAGAAUACAGUAAGAUGAAGAAAGUUUAGACUACAAACACCGUAGUGUUUUUAAUCAAUCUCAGAUAACUUUAUUGUGAAUUUUAACUUUUGUUGACUUAUCAUUCCAAGUAUUUACAUUUAUACCAUUAUCAAUUAUCUCAUCAGAAUAAUUCAUAAUAGAUUUAAAUCUGAAAUUAGCAACUAUAAACUUUCAACGUGUUACUGUUUAGCAAAAUCCAAGCAUGGCGAAAAUGGAAAAAUAUGUGAAGUCUGAAGAAGGGGAGAAUUCCCUCCCUGCCCCCAAUAUUUCAAGCAUAAAGAACAAACAGAGACGUGGAGAAGCAUACAGAGACAUGAAACGAACUUUAAACAAGGAAAAGAAAAAAGCAAAGAAGAGACAAAGACAAGAAAGGGAGGCUCUUGGAGACAAGGCUCCACCAAAGAAGAUCCCUAAGACCAUAGAGAACCAGAGAGUGUAUGAUGAGACCAUGGUCAACCCAGAGGAUGAGGAGGUUGCUCAAGAUGAAGCAACUGAUGAGACUGCCACAUAUUUCAAUAGAGAAACAACACCUAAAAUUCUUAUAACAACUUCUGAUCGUCCAAAAGGGAGAACCAAUGCAUUCUGCAAGCAGCUAAAAAAAGUCAUCCCAAAUUCAGAUGUGUUCUAUAGACGUGGUCUUGACCUAAAAAAAGUUAUCCCACAAGCCAUAGAGAAGGAAUACACAGAUCUAGUUGUAAUCAAUGAAGAUAGAAAAGUACCUAAUGGUUUGAUACUUUCACAUUUGCCCAAUGGACCAACUGCACAUUUUAAACUAUCAAAUGUCAAAAUGGAUAAAGAAAUAAAGAACCAUGGUGAAUCCACUAGUCAUUUUCCUGAGGUGGUUCUCAAUAAUUUCAACACACGUUUAGGUCACUCUAUUGGUCGCUUGUUGGCAUCUCUAUUCCCUCAUGAUCCUCAAUUUACUGGACGUAGGGUGGCCACUUUCCACAAUCAGCGAGACUACAUAUUCUUUAGACAUCAUAGGUACCAGUUCAGAAAUGCUAAAAAAGUUGGACUUCAUGAGCUUGGGCCACGGUUUACUCUAAAAUUACGAUCGUUACAAAAAGGCACAUUUGAUUCCAAGUUUGGCGAAUAUGAAUGGGUUCAUAAGCGACAUGAAAUGGAAACAAGCCGAAGAAAGUUCUUCUUGUGAGCUGGGAUACUGCUGGUGGUGUGAUUUAAGGUACAGGAACAUGACUAGGAUUCAAUGCAUGCACAUCUUGGCAGACAUCCAUC